CGAAAACUUGCGUCACCGUGAAAUCUCAUAAAGAAUCACUCUCUCAAGUAUCAAGUUAAUUAAUCAUCUCUUCGUCCGUACAACGCAGAACCACAAGAAGAAAAACCAACUAGCUCUUUCUUGAUUCUGCAAAUGUUCAAGCAAUUCAUCCAAAAACCCACUGAUCAACAAGAGAAUGCACGUAAGGGAAGUUUAACAAUGGCGGAUUUGAAGCCGCGUAUUGCUAUACACUAUGGGAUUCCGUCCACAGCAUCCAUUCUAGCAUUCGAUUCCAAUCAAAGCCUGUUAGCUGUUGGAACCCUAGAUGGUAGGAUAAAAGUGAUUGGGAGUGAUAAUAUUGAGGGUCUUCUUGUAUCUCCUAAGCCAUUGCCCUUUAAAAAUCUUGAGUUCUUACAAAAUCAAGGUUUUCUAGCCAGUAUUUCAAGCGAGAAUGAAAUUCAGGUUUGGGACUUGGAAAACAGGGGACUAGCUUCUGCUUUACAAUGGGGAUCCAAUAUAACUGCUUUCUCUGUAAUUUAUGGCACAAGUUACAUGUAUAUUGGAAGCGAACAUGGGGAUGUAACUGUUCUAAAGUAUCAAGCUGAUGACAGAAAAAUUAUUCAGCUUCCUUAUUAUAUUCCGGCAAAUGUCUUAUCUGAUGAAGAUGGCAUGCCAUUGCCUGAUCAACUUCCAGUGGUUGGGGUACUCCAUCAACCUUGUUCUCCUGGAAACAGAAUUCUAAUUGCAUAUGAGAAUGGAUUGAUCAUUCUCUGGGAUGCUUCUGAAGAUCAAAUUGUUUUCGUCAGAGGCUCUAAAAACCUCAAUUUAAAGUAUAAAACAGUGCUAAAUUGUGUACAAGGAACAAAACAUAUGCUUCAUGAUAAUUUGAAUGAUAAUGAAACUGAGAAAGAGAUCAGCUCUCUUUGUUGGGCAUCUGAAAAUGGGUCAGUACUUGCUGUUGGCUAUGUAGAUGGAGAUAUAAUGUUGUGGGACAUAUCAAGUUAUGUUUCCUCAAAAGAUUGGCAGGCUGAAGACCCAGUCGAUAAUGUUGUAAAGCUGCAAUUGGCAUCAGGAAACAGAAGACUCCCUGUGAUUGUUCUACAUUGGUGUGCAACAAGAUCAUCUAAUGAUCGAGCAGGACAGCUUUUUGUCUAUGGUGGAGAUCAAAUUGGAUCCGAUGAAGUUCUGACAAUUUUAAGCCUUGAAUGGUCUCAGGGAAUAGAAAGUCUAAAAUGUGUUAGCCGCGUAGACCUUUCACUUCAUGGUUCUUUUGCUGAUAUGGUCUUGUUACGAACUGCCGGUGUAAUAGACAGCAACAGCAACGAGACUUUGUUACUUACCUUGACAAAUCCUGGACAGUUGCUUGUUUAUGAUAAGGCUUCCCUGUUUGCCUCAACGUCCCAGCUAAAGAAUACAUCUGUCAGACCAGUACCAGUAAAGUAUACUACAGUCGUUCCUACUACUGAACCAGAUAUGACAGUUUCAAAGCUCAGUUUGGUGCAUGGAGAUGGAGAGUUUUCACAAGCUUUCUCUAGGAUAUCAGCUGAAAAGCUAAGUGUGGAACAUUUACGUAAAGGAAGUACAGAGUGGCCUUUGACUGGUGGGCUUCCCAGUCAAGGUUUUGAUGCCCAAACUUAUCAGGUUGAGAGAGUGUAUAUUUCAGGGUACCAAGAUGGAUCUGUUCGACUUUGGGAUGCCACAUAUCCUUCUCUGCAACUUAUUCAUUCUAUACAACCUCAGGUGAAAGGUAUGACUAAUGAAAUUGUAUCAGUAACUGCAUUGGACUUCUGCUCUUCUACACUCAAGUUAUCUGUCGGUGAUGAAUGUGGCAGGGUUCGUCUCUAUGACCUGAUAAGAAUUCCUUUUGAGAAGAAUUUGCAUUUUGUGACAGCAACUGGAAAAGAAGUUCAUAAUUUCCAACAAGGGGAUGUGCCUUAUUGCCUAGCAGUGUUUUCUAUCCUCUCUUCUCCUAUAUGCACCCUACAUUUUUCUAAUUCUGGAAACCUACUUUUUGUUGGGUUCAACUGUGGGCAGGUCGCAAUGCUUGAUAUUAAUACGUUAUCUGUUUUAAGUCUAACUGAUGUUUCAUCCGAGACAAGUUCCCCUCUAAAAGUUUUGGAUGUUAGAUCAUUAUUAGAUGCUAAUAGCUCAGUCAAGAGUCCAAAGGGCUCUCAAUCCAAAAUUCCGAGUGAUUCUGAAUCAGGGGUUCUGUUCACUAUGACAAUGAAUGCACAUAUUAGUGUAAGAGAUAUCACUACUGGAAAUUCGGUUUGCUCUCAGCCUUUACAACCAAUAAAGAAUUGUACGGCAAUUUCAUUGCACGUCAUAGAUGGUGAUCUUAUAUCUGAAGUUGGCAGUGGAAAGCAUUCAUCGAAAUCACCUGAAAGUAGUAAAGCUAUAGAUGAACUCUCACAAGUUGGAUUGAAACACUCUUCUAGAAGUGGACAUUUUGAUCGGAGAUUAAUGAACCUACUUAUUUUGCUGUGUUGUGAAGAUUCCUUGCACUUGUACUCUCUGAAUUCUAUGAUUGAGGGUGACAAUGACUCUAUUCACAAGGUGGAUCUUGUGAAACCAUGUUGCUGGACUACAACAUUGAAGAAAGAUGAGAAAGAAUGUGGAUUGGUUGUUCUUUAUCAAACUGGAGUAAUUGAAAUAAGGUCUUUGCCAGAUCUUGAAGUGUUGGGAGAAAGCUCCCUAAUGUCUAUUCUAAGAUGGAACUACAAGACUAAUAUGGACAAGACAAUGUGCUCUACUGAUCAGGGGGAAAUUGCACUGGUAAACGGGCAUGAACUUGCUUUUAUAUCUGUUCUGAGCUAUGAAAAUGACCUCAGGAUACCAGAUUCUUUGCCCUGUCUUUAUAAUAAAGUGCUUGCAGCUUCAGUAGAUGCCACACUCAAUUUCUCUCCAACUCAGAAACAGGCUGUUACCCCUGGAAUUUUGGGUGGUAUAAUGAAGGGUUUAAAAGCAGAGAAAGUGGAACACAAUGCUGAUCUUAGUGGACUUCAUAAAGAUAUUCAUGCACAUUUAGAGACCUUAUUUUCAAGUCCUCCAUUCUUAAAACCUUCGACAGCUCUGACAGAUGACCAAGAAAUCAUACAACUCAAUUUAGACGACAUUGUCAUCGACGAACCUCUACACGUCUCAUCUUCAUCUCAGAAAAACAAGAAUGAAACGAAAGAUAAAGAAACAGAGAGAGACAGAUUGUUUCAUGGUGGUGAUAGUGAUAUAAAACCCACAGUCAGAACAGCAGAAGAGAUAAGAGCUAAAUAUCGAAAGAAUGAGGAUGCCUCGGGAGCAGCUGCACAAGCAAGGGAUAAGCUUGUACAGCGCCAGGAAAAGCUUGAGAAACUAGGCCAACACACGGAGGAGUUGAAAAAUGGGGCAGAGGACUUUGCAUCAAUGGCUAAACAACUUGCGAAGUCGAUGGAAAAUCGUAAAUGGUGGCAAAUAUAAGCUGAAAUAGCCUACAAAUCUUUAUAUCCAUCUUCCCACCAAAUUUUUUUUUAUUUUGACAUUUGAUAGUGUUGCUAUAUAUUCUUUUGUUGCUCAUUUUGGUUACAUGACCACUCUUUUUAUAUGUAUAUUGUUUUCCCAUUCUUCA